ACGGUCUCUGUUGCCUGCCUCGUCCACCUCAAAAUGGUUGUCACAAUAACGUCAGCCAGUCGCAGUUAUGUUUAGUGGGAGCGGACCGGAUCCGAACGAUUUAUGGCGAAGCCGUCGGCCGUUCCUCUUUUGAAAAAUGCAAAACAGUUUCAAAUCAAAAGAGAUGUUCAUCGUCAAGGCUUUAGAGAGGAUCCUCAGCGACAAGGACAUCAAGAAGUCGCACCAUUCACAGUUGAAGACCGCCUGUGAGGUGGCAUUAGGUUGCCUAAUUUGCCGUAUUACCUUUUUAGAUGAUAUAAGGAAAGAGCUGAAGGAGGGCGAUAUCGAGGAUCCUUCGUCCUCGACCCUCCCGCUCCCGAGGGAAGGGAACGACAUCGUCUCGGCUGAAAAGUACUUCUUGCCUUUCGAACUCGCCUGUCAGAGCAGGUCGCCGAAGAUAGUCGUCACCGCUCUCGACUGCCUGCAGAAAUUAAUUGCCUAUGGCCAUUUGACUGGGAACAUUCCUGAUUCGACAACCCCCGGUAAAUUGUUGAUCGAUAGGAUUGUUGAGACGAUUUGCAAUUGUUUCAUCAACCCACAGACGGACGAGAAUGUACAGCUGCAAAUCAUCAAGGCCGUCCUUACCGUUUCGACGUCUCAGCACGUCGAGAUACACGAAGGUACCGUCCUUCUCAGCAUCAAGACCCUCUACAGCAUCUACAUCGGGAGCAAGAACCUAAUCAACCAGACGACCGCCCGGGCGACACUGACUCAGGCGAUAAAUGUCAUCUUCGCCCGCAUGGAGGCCCAGGCGGUCGAGGAGGUGGAAAAACUACGUGAAGUCCCUCCUGAAGAGUCAGAGCCGACAAGUGCAGAGGUUGUUACUCAAAUUUUGAACAGUAUUGUCGAUAACCUUCCGAUUCUGGACAAUCAAGAUAAACAGGCUAACACGGAAGAGCCAGAACCUGCUCACAAUCAUAUUCAGUCUAAUUCUUUAAAUAGAGUGCCUUCACAAGUGAGUGAAGACAGCAUGGAUGUUGGCGAAGUUAUAACAGCAGGGGUCGGUGCUGACGGCGACAAUAACAAAAUCCAAGCCCAUUUUACUCACAUACUUCAAAAAGAUGCAUUCCUUGUUUUCAGAACGCUUUGCAAACUGUCAAUGAAGCCUUUACCGGACGGGAUGAUAGAUCCUAAGUGUCAUGAACUGCGUUCGAAGAUACUCUCGUUGCACCUGAUACUUUCGAUUCUGCAGUCGGCCGGGCCGGUUUUCAGAACGAACACGAUGUUCGUGUCGGCGAUCAAGCAAUACUUGUGCGUCGCCCUUUCGAAGAACGGCGUCUCGUCUGUGCCGCAGGUGUUCGAGCUGUCGCUUUCUAUAUUCCUGGCGCUCCUCGAGAAGUUCAAGAUGCACUUGAAGAUGCAGAUCGAGGUUUUCUUCAAAGACAUCUUUCUGAACAUUCUUGAGACGUCGAGCUCGACUUUCGAACACAAGUGGAUGGUGAUACAAGCGUUGACUCGGAUAUGCGCCGAUGCUCAAAGCGUCGUCGACAUGUAUGUCAACUACGACUGUGAUUUAAGUGCCGCUAAUUUAUUUGAAAGAUUGGUGAAUGAUUUAUCAAAAAUUGCGCAAGGGAGACAGGCACUCGAGUUGGGAGCGACGCCGAAUCAAGAAAUGUCCAUGAGGAUCAAAGGUCUCGAGUGUUUGGUGUCGAUUCUCAAAUGUAUGGUCGAAUGGAGCAAGGAUCUUUACGUAAACCCAAAUCUAAACGCCAGCCUUGGUUUGGAAACAAAGACAAACCAUGAUGAUUCAAGUACGCCUAAGACGAGUCUAAGGUCGUACGGAAGUGUCAGCUCUCUCGGGAGCGAAACGGGAAAACAGGACGUACCGCAACAGCUCCAGCAGUUAAAACAUCAAAAAGAAAUCUGGGAAACUGGAAUUGAAAUGUUUAACCGUUCGGGGAAAAAAGGCGUGGUCUAUCUGCAGGAGCAAGGCGUCCUCGGUAAAUCGACCGUCGAGGUCGCCGACUGGCUCCACUCGGACGAAAGGCUCGAUAAGACAGGAAUAGGUGAUCUUCUAGGUGACAACACGGAUUUUGCCAAAGAAGUCAUGUACAAGUACGUCGACCAGAUGGACUUCAGCGGCAAGGACCUCGUCGCCGCUCUGAGACAAUUCCUCCAGGGUUUCAGGCUUCCGGGCGAAGCGCAAAAAAUCGACAGGCUGAUGGAGAAGUUUGCAAGCAGAUACUGCGAAUGCAAUCCAAACAAUGGACUUUUUGCAAGUGCUGAUACUGCUUAUGUUCUCGCUUACUCUAUUAUCAUGUUGACCACUGACCUCCACUCACCGCAGGUCAAGCAUAAAAUGACAAAGGAGCAGUACAUUAAGCUAAAUCGAGGCAUAAGCGAUUCUGAAGACCUGCCCGAAGAGUAUUUAAGCAAUAUUUAUGAUGAGAUUGCAGGGCAUGAGAUAAAAAUGAAAGCGACCAACAAACCGGGCAAACAAGUGAUCGCAAAUGAAAAGAAAAGGAAACUUCUCUGGAACAUGGAGAUGGAGGUGAUAUCGACCGCGGCGAAAAAUCUUAUGGAAUCAGUCAGCCACGUCCAAGCGCCGUUCACUUCGGCGAAACAUCUCGAACACGUCAAGCCGAUGUUUAAGCUUUCGUGGACACCGUUUUUAGCGGCGUUCAGCGUAGGUCUUCAAGACUGCGACGACCCGGAGAUCGCCGCCCUCUGCCUCGAGGGUAUACGGUGCGCGAUUAGAAUCGCUGCAAUAUUCCACAUGACGCUCGAACGAGACGCGUAUGUUCAAGCAUUGGCAAGAUUUACGCUUCUAACUGCAAACUCGCCUAUCACAGAGAUGAAAGCAAAGAACAUAAAUACAAUCAAAACAUUGAUUUAUGUUGCACAUACUGAUGGAAACUACUUGGGAUGUUCUUGGUUGGACAUAGUUAAAUGUAUCUCGUCUUUAGAACUCGCCCAGGUAGCAGGGACUUCAAUAAAGCCCCAGUACUUUCCAAAUAAUAAAGCAGUCGAUAUUUUGUCAAUUAAGCUUAACCUCGGUUCACUCGAUCCGAGCGUUAAAGAGUCAAUAGGCGAGACAAGUUCUCAGAGCGUGGUCGUCGCAGUUGAUCGUAUAUUCACUGGAUCUCUACGCCUUGACGGUGAUGCCAUUGUUGACUUUGUGAAAGCUCUAUGCCAGGUGUGCGCAGAGGAGUUGAACCACCCGUCGGGUCCUAGGAUGUUCUCGUUGCAGAAGCUUGUUGAGAUAUCGUACUACAACAUGGAAAGAAUACGUCUGCAAUGGUCGAAGAUUUGGCAGGUCCUCGGCGAACUGUUCAACACAGUCGGAUGCCAUCCGAACGUCGACAUCGCUAUAUUCGCGAUCGACUCGCUGAGGCAGUUGUCCAUGAAAUUCAUUGAAAAGGGUGAAUUUCCCAAUUUCAGGUUCCAGAAAGAUUUCCUCCGUCCUUUCGAGCAUAUCAUGAAGAAAAGCACUAACCCUACGAUAAGAGACAUGGUUGUGAGGUGUAUAGCGCAGAUGGUCAAUUCGCAAGCGCACAAUAUUAAGUCCGGCUGGAAGAACAUCUUCAGCGUAUUUCACUUGGCGGCUUGCGAUCAUGAGGAGAACAUAGUAGAAAUGGCUUUUCACACAACAGCCCAUAUUAUAAAACAUCUUUACGCCGAACAUUUCAGCGUGAUGCUUGACAGUUUUCAGGAUGCCGUCAAAUGCCUGUCGGAGUUUGCGUGCAACGCGAGUUUCCCCGAUACAAGCAUGGAGGCGAUCCGUUUGAUCCGAUCCUGCGCGGACUGCGUACACGACAAACCUUACGUGGUUUCUGAACACUGGGACAAUAGCGAGGACGGCCCGUGGGUGCGAGGCUGGUUCCCUCUUCUAUUCGAGCUUUCCUGCAUCGUCUCAAGGUGCAAACUCGACGUCAGGACGCGUGCGCUUACGAUUCUAUUCGACAUCGUCAAGACGCACGGGCAGGCCUUCAAACCUCACUGGUGGUGUGACCUUUUUCAAGUCCUCUUUAGGAUUUUCGACAACAUGAAACAUCCCGAACUGCAGUCAGACCCGAAAUCGACGGAUCCAAAACUCGAGGAAAACACUGAGUUGAUCGGAAUGACGCCUGUUACGUGCCAACAGAAAGCAGAGUGGAUGACGACGACAUGCAACCACGCUCUGUACGCCAUCGUCGACGUAUUUACUCAAUAUUUCCACAUACUGGGCCCUCUGUUGCUCGAAGAUCUAUACAACCAGCUUCUCUGGUGUGUCAGACAGAAGAACGAGCAGCUAGCGACUUCGGGGACCAACUGCCUUGAAAACCUCGUAAUAUCAACCGGGCAGCAGUUCACCGAACAGACUUGGGACAUGACUUGCCAGUGCCUGCUCAAAAUGUUCCAGUCGACAGCGCCGCACGGACUCCUCAAAUGGACGCCCGAAGAGAAGAACCACCAGCCGCAGCUCUACUCAAUUCAAAACAUGGUUCAGCUCGAGCUAAUUCAAACCGUCGACAACAUCAUUUUCUAUCCGGCGACUUCGCGAAAAGAGGAUCUAGAAAAUCUAGCAAUGGCCCAGGGCGAAGUGGGAGAAGGGUUGGCUGAGACGCAAAGGGAGGAACAGGGCAUGUACACCAGUCUCAGCAGUCAGCAUCUCAUUAUGCUCACCGACUGCCUUCUCGAAGUGCACUCGCUCGCUAAACAGUUCAACACGAACCACAAUCAGCGCAAUCUUCUCUGGAAAGCCGGAAUUUACGGCGAAAAGAAGCCCGAUCUGAUUGCGCAGGAGACGUCGAGCCUCGCCUGCGCUUUACGCAUCCUUCUCAAGAUGUCGUGCGACGAGGGAAGGAGGGACGCUUGGCCAAAAGUCCAGCACAUGUUGAUCCAAGUGACAAAUGAUUCCCUAUCUUAUUUCCUUGCGAUACCGUCUGAGACACAUCGUACCGUAUGGACUUCUUUGUUAUUACUCUUUUUUACAAGAUUACUCAAAAUGCCUGAUGAAAAGCUCCAAGUUCAUAUAAACGCGCAUUAUUUCCUCCUUUGCAACAUGAUCGCCCUGGACUUGAAACCGGAGCUCAGAUCGUUGCUUACGAAGGUGUUUAUGCGCGUCGGGCCCCUGUUUUCGAUAUCGACGUCGCAGUGAAGAAAGUAGCCGUUCGAAGGAAAGAGAAAUCACCCGCACUGCAUUUAGACUUCUAGUCACCGAGUCGCAUCCUCAACAAGCGUACACGAGGACUCGUUAACCGACGGCCAGCCUUUCUUAUCCCCUUUCCAUCAAACUCCUCCCGUCCCUUUUGUUUUCUCUUGUUAUUUAAUUUUAAUUUUUUUUUAAUCAUUCACAUUUUUUCAAAGCAUCAGAGAAAAGUGGCUGUGUCUUUUAAGAAAUGUAUUAUGAAUCAUAACACUAAUAAUUUGCUAUUAGUUUGUUUGUUAUAGUCAUAAUUGCCUUCAUCUGAAGGAGAAUCAUUUAUUAUUUAAAAGAAAUGAGAUUUAUAUAUAAAUAUAUAUAAUGCUUUUGAUAAGUAAGUAUUAUGUAAAAGAAAUAUUUAUUAUGUAUUAUACUGUUAUAUAGGUUGAUUUAAUAGAAAAAUAUAUAUUAUAAUUAUCUAUAAAAAA